GCCCCGCGCCGCCCCGCACCGCCCCGGCAGCGGGAUGUGAGCGGAGGCUCCGCCGGCAGCGCCCGCCGCCCGCGCCCGCCGCGCCCCGGGAAGAUGCUGAGCAGGUGGAUGAGUGGCAGCAGCAGGAACCUGGACCGCGAGUACAACUGCACCGUGCGGCUUCUGGACGACAGCGAGUACACCUGCACCAUCCAGAGAGAUGCCAAGGGCCAGUACCUGUUCGACCUUCUCUGCCACCACCUGAACCUGCUGGAGAAGGAUUACUUCGGCAUCCGGUUUGUGGACCCCGACAAGCAAAGGCAUUGGCUGGAGUUUACCAAGUCAGUUGUGAAGCAGAUGCGGGCCCAGCCUCCCUUCACCAUGUGCUUCCGUGUCAAGUUUUACCCCACGGACCCGGCGGCGCUGAAGGAGGAGAUCACCAGGUACUUAGUCUUCCUGCAGAUCAAAAGGGAUCUGUACCACGGGCGGCUGCUGUGCAAGACGUCGGACGCGGCGCUGCUGGCUGCCUACAUCCUGCAGGCUGAGAUUGGGGACUACGACCCGGGGAAGCACCCAGAAGGCUACAGCUCCAAGUUCCAGUUCUUCCCCAAACACUCAGAGAAGCUGGAGAGGAAGAUUGCAGAGAUCCACAAGUCGGAGCUGAGUGGGCAGACACCAGCUACUUCAGAGCUGAAUUUUCUCAGGAAAGCCCAGACUCUGGAGACCUACGGGGUCGACCCACACCCAUGCAAGGACGUGUCGGGGAACGCGGCGUUUCUGGCCUUCACGCCCUUCGGGUUCGUCGUUCUGCAGGGAAACAAGAGGGUUCACUUCAUCAAGUGGAAUGAGGUGACCAAGAUGAAAUUCGAAGGGAAGACUUUCUACUUGUAUGUGAGUCAGAAGGAGGAGAAGAAAAUUGUCCUCACCUAUUUUGCCCCGACACCAGAAGCCUGCAAACACCUCUGGAAGUGUGGGAUUGAGAACCAGGCUUUCUACAAGUUGGAGAAGUCAAGCCAGGUGCGGACGGUGUCCAGCAGCAACCUGUUCUUCAAGGGAAGCCGGUUCCGAUACAGCGGCCGCGUCGCCAAGGAGGUGAUGGAGUCCAGCGCCAAGAUCAAGAGGGAGCCCCCUGAGAUUCACCGGGCCGGGCUGGUGCCGAGCCGGAGCUGCCCGUCCAUCACGCACGGCCCCCGGCUGAGCAGCGUGCCCCGCACCCGGCGGAGAGCCGUCCACAUCUCCAUCAUGGAAGGCCUGGAGUCCCUGCGUGACAGCGCCCACUCGACCCCGGUGCGCUCGGCCUCCCACGGCGACGCCUUCGCGGGCCCCGGGCGGGGCCGCGCCGAGAGCAGCGAGCGGGUGGCCGUGAUCGCCGACGAGAGCUACAGCCCGGCCGACAGCGUGCUGCCCACGCCCGUGGCCGAGCACAGCCUGGAGCUGAUGCUGCUCUCGCGCCAGGCCAACGGGGCCCCGUGCAGCAUCGAGGAGGAGAAGGAGUCGGAGGCGGGCACGCCGGCGGCGGAGGCGGAGGUGGGCGAGCUGCGGGCGCUGUGCCCGGGCGCCGGCGGCCUGGGGCCGGCACAGGCCCAACAGGUGAAUAAGUUUGUUUUAAGUGUCCUCCGUUUGCUCCUUGUGACAGUUGGACUCCUCUUUGUUUUGCUCCUCCUCCUGAUCGUCCUUACUGAGUCCGACCUUGACACUGCCUUUUUCCGUGAUAUCCGCCAGACCCCCGAGUUCGAGCAGUUCCAUUACCAAUACUUUUGUCCCCUCAGGCGAUGGUUUGCCUGCAAGCUCCGCGCCGUGGUAAGCCUGCUCAUUGACACCUGAAGGCAGGAGGCACCACGGGGGCCUGGGGAGAGACCUGCCGCCGUCCCCGCGCGGGACCCGCCGGGCACACACUAACCCUCCCUUCCCGACCCAGAGCCCGGCGCGGCCCGGGAGGCGGCUUUCCGGGAGGAAGAUGAGGGUGGGCGCAGCCCCCGGAGCCUCCUCCUCCCCAUGUCCAGCCGCCCGCUCCCACCCCCGGAGCCCGCACAACACUUCCCGUCCCGAUCUCACGCGCAUGACUUGGGAAGCACCGAGCAGAGAGGAAUUCAUUGCUCUGCCACCCCCCCGCAGAGCCGGGGCUGGCGGUGCCGUUCCGCAGGAGCUUUAGCAAUGGUGCUACUGAGGUUUAAUUUAACACUCGUGUACUGUCACGGUAUUCGAUCCGCACUGUGCCCACCGCCACCGCCCUCCACGAACCGCUUGGCAGAGCCCUCCCUGCUCGCCGGAGCCUCCUCCGAGGUGACACACGCCGCGAUGCUCUCGGGGACGCCCCGGUUCCCCCUCUCCCCACGGCGCAGCGAUCGGAGCCCUCGCCCUGCUGCGGACUCGGCCCUUUGCCACUUUUUUAAGCCUUGAAGCGUCGGUGCUCCCGAGGGCAGGGGAGCACAGGCAGCCAGGGAACGCCGGGCACGCGCAGCCAAGCCUGGCAUGGAGCUGUAGUGACUGUCAGAUUUAUUGGGAAGACCUUUACCCUCCGCCAGUUGUACCUGUUUUGUAAAAAAACCAAGAAAAAAGAACAAAAAAAAAAGAAAAAGAGACGUUUCAAGGUCUAUUUUAACAAGGAAAUGCUAUUUUGUUAUGGAAUCUAAUCCAGUCUUUUUUUACUUUAUGGAUGGGGUGACCGUGGGUGCCGGUACGGAGUUGUUCCCAGUGAGCAAAUGGUUGAGGAGCAAACGCUUCCACAGGACAGGAGCCCAAUGCCAGCCGAGCCCUGCUGGGUUUGGGACAGAGAAGGAGCUCUGGGUUUUGGACUCUCCUGAAGAGGACAGAAGUUCAGGCACGCAGGUGACACUGAAGAAGCCAACGGACACCAUUAGCCCCAACUGUUCUUAAGCAAAAGUCAAUAAACCCGACUCAUCGCGCUGGUGACAACCCCCAGGACCAGUGAUCACCGGGAGCAGCAGCCCAUCCAUAGGGAGCAAUAACAGCCAGUUCUGGUAAGGUUUGGGUGAGAAGCUGGACAUAUUAGCAAAAAAAGAGAAGGUGAAAACAGUUGAGCAAGUUUAAUUUCAUCUCAGGGAGAGAUUUUCCAUAAGCUGGGGCCAUAACUGCAGUUUUACAAAGCCUGAUGUCCGUGUUGUCUGUGAGCAUCCACCACCCACCGCUGAGCGGGACGGUGGCGUUGGGCCAGACCGGGAUCGUUGUCACUGCAAUAAGGGGAGAGGUCCCGUUUAUCGACGUCUGUCGGGGGGCACAGACCCCACCCAGGCCACGGCCACGGCCGCCCGCUCACAGCACGAGACCCGAGGAGGGCCUGGGGCCCAGCCCCGGCUCCGGAGCAGGCAGGAGCCCUCCGGGAAGGCUCCAGGAGCCCUCCAGGAAGGCUCCAGGAGGCGGAGGAGUGAUUUUUUUUACAUGAUAUUCCUGUUUUAUGCAACAUAGCAAAAUUAACUCUUAGUGUAGUGUUCCUACCUCAGCCCAUAGCGCUGGUGUUUCUAUGCAGUUGUGCUCCUCCCGAUGCUGACAUUUUUCACCCCGGGUUAGCGCUGCAGUGUCGUCCUUCCUCCUCCUCCUCCUCCUCCUCCUCCUCCUCCUCCUCCUCCUCCUCCUCCUCCUCCUCCUUCUCCUCGUCCUCCUCACUGCGAUGUUCUGUGUGAUGUGUGACAGCACAGCUCCAUCCCAUGCUCCAUCCUCUUCGGACACAUCCUCCGAGUCCCCUCCUGGGACCUUCCACCUGGCUUUCCUCGGAUAAUGCUCCGUCCCAGCCCCAGGUCACCUCUGCCGUUGUCACCCAGCGUUUUACUUCAAAACCACGAGAACUGGUGAUUUUCCGUUGUACGUUUUCCCGUCCAUCCCAGAUUCCAUCACGUGUUUCAGGCCCUGUUAGUUUUACCUGUCUUUCUAUCAAAAUGUUGUUUCCGUAGGUUCUGAGAUCAGAAACCCGUCAAUCUCGUCCUAGCAUACUGCAUCUUUCAGCAGUAGACAGUAAAAUACCUGAAAAUGUGAAUUUCUUAGUUUUCAUAAAGAAGAAAAUCUAGAGAUUAACCUUUCAUGUGCCAAAUACUGUAAGUUACAUCCUUUUUUCCUUUGAAAUGUACCUUUUUCUACAUAUCCAAUACCUUAGUUAGCAUAAAAUCAUUGGUGCCAUGAAAAGUAUUUUUAAAUUUAAAUAAAUAUUUAAAUAUCAUGAAAA